AAUGCCUGUUGUCGCUUAGGGCGUCCAAGGUCGUGGGAAGGAAAGUGCGGUCAGGUUUGAAAGUCGAUCGUUUGUUCCGUGGAUUUACCUAGGUUCACAUAGCUAUCACUAUUUAUAUGAUUGGGCUUAAUGAAUUAUGAGUAAGGGAUUGGCCCCAAGUAAAAGUACUGUGUACAUAAGUAAUCUGCCAUUCAGCCUAACCAACAAUGAUAUUCAUCAAAUAUUACAGCCAUAUGGUAAAGUGGUCAGAGUAACUGUGGUAAAAGAUAAAGAAAGUCGGAAAAGCAAAGGUGUUGCAUUUGUCUUAUUCUUAGAUAAAAAUGAUGCUUUUAAUUGUGCAAAUAAAUUGAAUAAUAUGCAGAUGUUUGGUCGUACACUGAAAGCAUCAAUCGCCCGAGAUAAUGGUCGAGCUGCUGAAUUUAUUCGUAGACGAGAAUAUCCUAAUAAAUCUCGAUGCUAUGAAUGCGGCUCUUUCGGACAUCUUAGUUAUAAAUGUGAAAAAAACUCAUUGGGUGAACGUGAACAACCGGUAAAGAAACGUAAAGUUCGAAAGAAACUCAAUUCUCAUUUGUCUACAUCAGAUCCGCGUAAUAGGAAAACACAAAUGAAUCACGACAACAGCGACAAUGAGAAUGAUCAGGAUAAUGAAAUAGAUGAUCCGUUGGAUAGCUGGAGUGCAGCUGUACAACAUCAAGCAGAACUCUACAGUAGACAAUCGUCAUCCAAAUCAACAUCGAAGAAACUAUGUAUUCGUCCGAAUUCAUAUUUUUCGGACGAAGAGGAUAUUGAUGAUUCUUAAGUGUACAGUUAGUUUCCCCUCGGAAAUUCUCCCUACCUUCUUGAGUUUUUACGUAUUAUUCUUAAUCAGUGAUGAUGGUUAUCCUGGACGCUUAAAAUGAAUACAUUAUCAUUGAUUUUUACCACUUUAUUGUACAACAAAACGUUUUAAUGCAAUGCUAGACUUGAAUUCAUCUUCAUUUUUAGCAUACUUUAUGUACAUAUAUAUUAUGGCUUUACUGUGUAAUGUAAAUAAAAGUAUAUAUUUUCUAACUAUA